AUGACCCCAGCUCUGAGGGAGGCAGCAACAAAGGGUAUCUGCUUUUCAUCUUUACCAAGUACCAUGGAGUCGGACAAGAUGCUAUGCAUGGAAGGUCCAAGAACGGUAGAUGAAAAGCUAAAAGGAGACACUUUCUCUCAGAUGCUGGGAUUUCCAACUCCUGAACCUACUCUUAGCACUAAUUUUGUGAAUUUAAAACAUUUUGGCUCCUCUCAGUCUUCAAAACAUUACCAGACUGUUCUUUUAAUGAGUUCUAAUGCUACAUUAAAUAAAUACAGUGAGAAUUAUAAACAAAAGAAAUUAGGGGAACCCCACUGCAAUAAGCUGAAAAACAUACUGUGUAAUGGUAGCAACAUUCAGCUCAGUAAAAUCUGUCAUUCUCAUUCUGAAGAGUUCAUCAAAAAGGAACCUCUGUCAGAUACCACAAGUCAGUGCAUGACAGAUGUACAAAUUAUUUUGGAUUCAAAUAUAACCAAAGACACUAAUGUAGAUAAAGGACAACUGAAAAACUGUAAGUGGUACCAAAAGAAUGCACUUUUGGAUAAAGAUAGUGACUCUGAGAUUAAAAAGGGUUUAUUGCACUGUGCUCAAAACAAAAUUGGGCCUGACCACUCAGACGUGCCUAUUAGUUCCUCAACUGCUGAAAAAGAGGAGGAAGUGAAUGCUCGUUUACUUCAUUGUGUAAGCAAACAGAAAAUUUUACUUAGCCAAGCUAGAAGAACUCAGAAACAUUUGCAGAUGCUCCUGGCAAAGCAUGUUGUUAAGCACUAUGGUCAGCAAAUGAAAUUUUCUAUGGAACAUCAGCUCCCCAAAAUGAAGAUUUUUCAUGAACCUACCACAAUUUUGGAUAACAGUUUACCUAAAUGCACUGAAAUUAAACCAGACAUCAACUUAUUGACUGCAGAGAAUAAAUUGUGGAAUGAUACAAAAAAUGGCUUUGCACGGUGUACAGCUGCAGAAAUCCAAAGAUUUGCACUGUCUGCUACAGGGCUGUUGUCUCAUGUUGAAGAGGGUCUGGAUUCUGAUGCAACUGAUAGCAGCUCUGAUGACGAUUUGGAUGAAUAUACCAUUAGAAAAAAUGUGUCAGUUAACUGUAGUACUGAAUGGAAGUGGCUCGUAGACAGAGCAAGAGUUGGCAGCCGUUGGACGUGGCUUCAAGCCCAGAUUUCAGAGCUAGAAUACAAAAUCCAACAAAUAACGGAUGUUCACAGGCAGAUUCGUGCCUCCAAGGGGAUAGUGAUCCUAGAAGAAUGUCGACUUCCAAAAGACAUUUUGAAAAAGCAAAUCCAAUUCGCAGACCAAGCUGCUUCAUUAAACACUACAGGGAAUUCCCAGAUUCCUCAGGAGAGUCAAGAUCCUUUACCAGAGCAAGAUUUUGAAAUGUCACCAAGUAGCCCAACACUACUUCUUCGCAAUAUAGAAAAACAGAGCGCACAGUUGACUGAGAUCAUCAGCAGUUUGAUUGCCCCUCUCAACUUGUCCCCAAUGUCAUCACCCCUCUCCUCUAAAUCCUGUAGCCGUAAAUGUCUGGCUAAUGGCAUUUCCAGGAGUGCUUCAGAGAAUUUAGAUGAGCUCUCUUCCUCCAGUAGCUGGUUACUUAACCAGAAGCACAGUAAGAAAAGGAGAAAAGACAGGACAAGAUUGAAAUCUCCAUCCUUGACUAUCAUGAGUACAGCAGCUCGAACAAGGCCACUUCAGAGUUUCCACAAACGAAAGCUCUACAGAUUGAGCCCUACUUUUUAUUGGACUCCGCAGACUUUGCCUUCAAAAGAAACAAGGUUUUUAAAUACUACACAAAUGCCUUGCCUGCAAUCAUCUUCAAUUUGGAGCAGCUGUGAACACAAUUCAAAGUCUCAAAUAUUAACAGAACAUGUAUCAGAGUUAGAUUCUUCUUUCCAUUCCAUUCUAUCAUUGCCAUCAGAUGUGCCUCUUCAUUUUCACUUUGAAACAUUGUUUAAAAAGACUGAAAUAAAAGGAGAUCUUUCUGAAAAUAAAUUUGUAGGAGACUGUAUCAUAUCUCCAUCACCUGUACAUAAUACUUCUCUGAAUCAAUGGAGAAAUGGAUAUUCUCCUAUAUGCAAGCCUCAAAUGAGGUCAGAAUCUUCUGCACAGGUGUUACAGGGAAGAAAGAAAAGACACUUGAGUGAAACAGCAUUAGGAGAAAGAACUAGAUUUGAAGAAUUUGCUAUUCAACGCACAGAACCAGGAUCCCAGAGCAAUUUUACUGCAGUUACUAAUGUCAAUGUUAUAUCAAGAACCCAGAAUUCAUCAUCACAAAAUACUGCACGGCGACGAUUGCGAAGUGAGAGCUCUUAUGAUAUAGAUAAUAUUGUGAUUCCCAUGUCAUUAGUGGCCCCAGCUAAAUUAGAGAAACUCCAAUAUAAGGAAAUAGUUACUCCGAGCUGGAGGAUGGUUGUUCUUCAGCCUCUGGAUGAAUAUAAUUUGGGUGAAGAAGAGAUAGAAGACCUCUCUGAUGCAGUCUUCUCCCUAAGACACAGAAAAUAUGAAGAGAAAGAGCAAGCCAGAUGGUCACUAUGGGAGCAAAGCAAGUGGCACAGAAGAAACAGCAGAGCUUACAGUAAAAAUGUUGAAGGACAGGACUUGCUUUUGAAAGAAUACCCUAACGACUUCAGUGGUGGGCAGCACAGCGCUGCUGAGAGUCCUGCCGGGCCUCCAGAGAGCCAGGACCCCAGUGCACACGCCUCACCUUCAGUAAGUCAGAGUCAAGAGAUCAAGUCUUUGGGGUGGGAACGACGGGCUUUUCCGCUGAAAGAUGAAGACAUAGCAGCCUUAUUAUGCCAAGAUGAAAAAAAUGAUCAGAUUGAAAGAUCAAGUCCAGCUUUCCAUGGUGAAGUCUUCUGUACCAGUGCACCAGAGAAUGGCCACCAUCCACAAAGGCAGGCGGACGGAAUGGAGGAACACAAAAUCCUUGGUCUAGGACUUACUCCACUCACGUUAAGAAAAAUCAGUGACAGGGAACAGGUUAAGAAAACGAUGUAA